AUGUACAAGAUCUUUCUCCUCACCGCGGUUGUUACGCUGGUUGGUGCGCGGCCACAAGACGGUCAUGGUCACGACCAACACCACGGUCACGGUCACGCCAUCUCGUCACAGAGCAUCGUACUGCACCACACUCAAGAGAUCAAGCACCCCAUACACCAUCAUGAGGAGCACCAUGAAGAACAGUACCAUCAUGACAACCAAGAACAACAACAAGAUAACCACCAUUACGAGGAACAGCAACAUGACGAGCACCAAUAUGGUGGACACAACCUUGAGGUGUACCACCAUAACGACUACCACCAUGAGGAACAAAACCAUGGGGCACAGCUUCACGAAGAACAACAUCAUGGAGAACACCACGGCCACGCCUCCUCUGCACAGAGCAUCAAGCAGUAUCAUGGAAAGGCUACUGAAAAACACGUCGAGUACUAUGCUCAUCCCAAAUACGAAUUCGCGUAUAAGGUUGUGGACCCUCACACCGGUGACAAAAAGUCCCAGCAUGAGGCUCGUGAUGGUGACGUCGUGAAGGGCGUGUACAGUCUGCAUCAACCUGAUGGUUCUGUCAGGAUCGUGGAGUACCACUCUGACAAGAAGGCCGGAUUCAACGCUAACGUGAAGUACGAAGGUCACGCCAUUCACAUUGUUCCUGAACAUCACCACCACCACUGA